CUGGCAAGGUCAGAUGCUGGCCCACCGAAGUCCUACGAAAUUUUGAGAUGGGCUGGAGUUGCUGUUUGCGGAAGUGAAAGCAUCACCAUGUCGGAUUCAGAGACGUCCAAGCAGGACGUCGAGAAGCUUGACACGGUUGAGAGAGCAGUACAGAGUGUUGCGGCACCAGUAGCAACUAGAUUAUGUAUGUCAGACUUGUAUGAUGCCAAUGGAAAAUGCAAUACGGAAGUCCUGAAAAAUCAUUUCAUCCGGGAAGGGCGGAUUGACGAGGAAGCCGCUCUCCAUAUCAUAAAAACUACCACGGAGCUGCUCCGGAAAGAGGACAAUCUAAUAGAGUUAGAUGCUCCCCUGACGGUAUGUGGUGACAUUCAUGGCCAAUAUUUCGAUUUAAUGAAGCUGUUCGAUGUUGGAGGUUCCCCCGAGACAACGAAAUACCUGUUCCUCGGCGAUUAUGUUGAUCGAGGAUACUUUUCCAUCGAAUGUGUGCUGUAUCUAUGGGCGUUGAAGGCCACGUUCACGUCAACACUCUUUCUCCUUCGUGGUAACCACGAAUGCCGUCACCUGACGGACUACUUCACAUUCAAACAGGAGUGCAAGGUCAAGUACAGUGAGGAAUUGUACGAUGCUGUAAUGGAAUCUUUCGACUGCUUGCCUCUGGCUGCUCUCAUGAACAAGCAGUUCCUGUGUGUGCACGGUGGUCUGUCGCCUGAGAUCCACACGCUGGAAGAUAUCCAGAAAAUCGACCGCUUCAAGGAGCCACCAGCGUUUGGGGCAAUGUGUGACAUGCUAUGGUCUGAUCCCCUGGAGGAUUAUGGUGCAGAGAAGUCCUCUGAACACUUCACACAUAACAGCACAAGAGGUUGCUCAUUCUUCUUUACGUACAUGGCAAGCUGCGAGUUCCUGAAGAAGAACAACCUGCUCUCGAUUAUCCGUGGACACGAGGCCCAGGACUCUGGCUAUCGGAUGUACCGAAAGAAUGAAGCGACUGGCUUCCCUUCAUUAAUUACCAUAUUCUCCGCACCCAACUACCUGGAUGUGUAUGGAAACAAGGCUGCCAUCCUCAAGUACGAGAACAACGUUAUGAACAUUCGCCAGUUUAACUGCUCUCCGCAUCCGUAUUGGUUGCCAAACUUCAUGAACGUCUUCACGUGGUCAGCACCGUUUGUCGCCGAGAAGGUGACCGAGAUGCUCGCCGGCUUGCUGAAUGUCUGCAGUGGAGAUGAGCUAGCAGCGGAUGAUGACCCUGCUCGCCAGAAGCAGCUUCGACAGGAAGCAAUCCGACAGAAGAUCCGUGCCAUUGGCCGGAUUUCCAGAUCGUUCGCCCAGGUUAGAGAACAGAAUGAAUCUAGCUUGAAGCUCGGCACACUGAACAGCACAGCGGUGUCCUCAGAAACAGCAGAUGCUCUCGGUGAGGGACAGCUGGACUUCGAUAAGGUGAAGGAACUCGACAAGGCCAAUGAGCGAAACCCACUCGCAUCCUGAUUUUUGACUCCUAUAGACAGCACGACAGCACAACAAAUUUCGUGAUUCUUUUUCUUUUGCAUAUUUUGCAUAUUUUGAAACUACCUCAUAAUGAUCAAAAAUGGUAAACAAUUUUACCAGAUAAGCAGAAUUAGGUGUGUACAGAUAUUAUCUCGUCCGCUGUGUGGACUUCUCUGUCUGAUAGCUUGCAAAUAGUACUAAUCCUAUCAUGCAUCUUGUACGUAGAUAUAAUAAUUAUGCUGUCUUAUACAAUGUACUUCCUGGGUACACUAGAGAUCUUCAGCCAUCUUA